CAAUAUGUCUUGGAAAAAAAGACGCAUUUGAUUGGCUAUUGCAGGAAACGGCUAUUAGAGAAAAAAACAUACACAGAACUCUGCUGUGACUGUCUACCUCCUGACUCAUGCAGCCUGUGCCGUUUUAGGUUUAAUUACGCUGUUCUUUCUGUUGCCAUCACUUUAGUACCCAGCGAAGUCCAUCACCUUUUUGGAACCAAGGAACGUCACUCUAGAUUUUCAUCCAGGUUUGUUGAAAAAUCAUAAAAGCAGCUUGUACUCCUCCUUGCCUAUUCGUUCACACUCGGCUGCAGCGCAGGACUGUACAACUAUCAGCGAUCCACUAUGCCUAAAAAGAAGCCUGGUCCAAUAUUGCUGAAUCCCACCCCAAAUGGAUCAGCAGUGGACGGCACGAGCUCUGCAGAGACAAACCUCGAAGCCUUACAGAAAAAGCUAGAAGAGCUGGAACUAGAUGAGCAGCAACGGAAGCGGCUGGAAGCAUUCCUCACUCAAAAACAGAAAGUCGGGGAGCUCAAAGAUGAUGAUUUUGAAAAGAUUUGUGAGCUGGGUGCAGGGAAUGGGGGUGUGGUAUUCAAAGUAUCACAUAAACCUUCUGGACUUAUUAUGGCAAGAAAGUUAAUACAUCUGGAAAUCAAGCCUGCAAUUCGAAACCAGAUUAUUCGAGAGCUGCAGGUUCUGCAUGAGUGCAAUUCUCCCUACAUCGUUGGAUUUUAUGGUGCUUUCUACAGUGACGGAGAAAUCAGUAUUUGCAUGGAACAUAUGGAUGGUGGAUCUUUGGAUCAGGUGUUGAAGAAAGCUGGAAGAAUCCCAGAGCAGAUUUUAGGGAAAGUUAGCAUAGCGGUGAUAAAAGGGCUGACAUACCUCAGAGAGAAACACAAGAUAAUGCACAGAGAUGUUAAGCCAUCUAACAUUUUAGUAAACUCUCGAGGAGAAAUCAAGCUUUGCGAUUUUGGUGUUAGUGGGCAGUUAAUAGAUUCCAUGGCAAACUCCUUUGUUGGUACAAGGUCCUAUAUGUCACCUGAAAGACUUCAAGGAACACAUUAUUCAGUUCAGUCUGAUAUUUGGAGCAUGGGUCUUUCACUUGUAGAGAUGGCUAUUGGUAGAUACCCUAUUCCCCCACCUGAUGCCAGAGAGCUGGAGCAAAUCUUCGGCUGUCAUGUAGAGGGAGACUCAAUUUCUUCUGAACAUUCCCCAAGAUCCAGAACUCCUGGACGUCCACUUAGCUCUUAUGGUCUAGACAACAGGCCCUCAAUGGCCAUAUUUGAGCUACUGGAUUACAUUGUAAAUGAGCCACCUCCUAAGUUGCCCAGUGGUGUUUUUAGUCCUGAAUUUCAAGAUUUUGUUAACAAGUGCUUAAUAAAGAACCCGGCGGACAGGGCAGACCUGAAGCAACUCAUGACCCAUUCUUUCAUCAAAAUGUCUGAGGCAGAGGAAGUGGAUUUUGCAGGAUGGCUUUGUAUGACCAUAGGGCUAAAUCAACCAAGCACUCCAACUCACACUGCUGGAGUAUGAGAAUUCAGCAAACCAUGCGUCUUCAUUUUACUGUUUCCUAUAUUCUCUGAACAAGACUGGUUUAAAUUCAGUCCACGGCUCUAUAUCUUAUUAAUGUUAACUUCUUUAAAUGUACUCAAGGAAAGUGUAUUGUAUAGCAUAUGCUACCUAGCCACACUUCCCAAAGGCAUUUUUAUGUACUUAAAGCAUUUGGUGUAGGCAUUAAUAUUUUUAUUCAUUUCAAAUCAAGAAUUAUUGCUUUUUUGAGAGUUUAUGAUGCAAACUCUGAGCUGUCGUGUAACUGUUUCCUCCCUACCCCCUCCACACACACAAAGUUAUCCAGGUCGUCUGCUGUAUCAAGUGUAUAAAAUUGAAAACAUUUGCUUAAACAGCAGUGAACUCUGAAUCAUGAUUUUACCUGGGGGCACACUGUAUGGUCAAUUAGGGUGCAUGAUUAUCGCCAUGUCAUUGUUAGUGCAUAUUUAUCUCAGUACUGCCUUUUGGUAAUAAUUAUCACUGGUGGUUAUAUUUGUUGUUCUAUGUUAUCCUGUAUCCUAUAACAGGCAAUAUAUGUUACUUGGAGCUAGAAAGGAUGCACUCCUAUUACCUGGUAAGGGUGAUAUAGCCAUAAUCUAAGCUGCUCAUUGCAGCAUGAUAGAUCCUUUCUAUGACUCGUUCAUCUUAGUUUUCAGUAGUUGGGUUACCACUUGUCCUAUUGCACUUAUCCCCUCACCAAAAAAAUUAAUACUGUAUACCUCAGCCAUUAAUUUGCUGCAUAAUCUACUAUUGUAUCCAUAUAAGCUGUUCAAGAUUCUGUGUUUUUUUGUCCUGUUUUUCUUCAUUUCAUUCUGACAGUUCAAAGUGCUAGCAUUUCAACAUAACUGUUACGUGCCAUAACAGAUGGAGCAGAGCAUUGAAGCAAAUGCCAUGACCUACUUUUAAGCAGUUUUGUUCAUCAAGCAUAUAAGAAUCACAAGUAUUUCAGAUUAUUUUUAAAUACAUUUCAUAUAUUUGUACUUCAGAAUUUGCUAUAUUAUUCAUGGUUACAAGUGAACAAAUACCUUCCUUUGUAUUCAUCUAAGAAUAUAUUGUAAAAAUAAGUUGUUUAUAGUGUGAAUGUGUAUAUGGCCAUAUGUCCUUUUAUUGCUGUAGAUGUUAAACAUAUGUAUCAAUAAACCCAGUUACAAAA